AUGUCUAAGUCUGUCUUUACCUAUCCAAUACGGCAACGCUCGAAAAUCACGUGGCUGUGGAUGUUGAUAGUGGUAGCUCUUGUGUUGCUGCUCCUUCGCCGCCAGCACCGUGUCGACCAGGAUAUUGCGGACAGUGAAGCACCUACUCCAACACCCUUCAACCGCACGUUGUGGGACGCUAAGUCCAUCCCAAGAAAGUUUGUUUAUCCCAAGUGUCCUGCUUCUACCUCUUCCAAACGCAAUGUGGACAUCACCACGAGCUUAAAGAAGACCCUGGACAUACCCGAUGGACCACCGCCGGGAAAGAAAGAACUGUGUAGCAUGUCUUUCGAGGAUCUGGAGCUCUAUUACCAUACGUAUUUAAGUACGGUCCAGAGUCCUUGUAAACGUUCUGUGCGCAUAGGUAACACUUUGGAUGGAGGAUGGGAUGUUUGUGGUGAAGAGGCAAGACUAGAACGGAACUCAUGCCUUGUUUACUCUUUUGGAAUACAGUUCGAUUUUUCGUUCGACGAUGAAAUAGCGUCUGUGUUCGGAUGUGAGGUACACUCAUUUGAUCCAAGCAUGCAUCAAGAGGAUCACAGGCGCAGUCAGUCAGUGUUUUUCCAUGCCACUGGUAUAGCGGAUUACAGCGGCGUCAGUAACGAUAUGGCAGGCUGGAAAAUGAGGACCUACCAAGCUAUCCGAGAGGAGCUGCAACAUGUUAGUCGCACCCCUGACGUCAUAAAAAUGGACAUAGAGGGCUGGGAAUGGAAUGCCUUACCCGAUAUGUUGAAGUCAUCAUAUCUUUCCGGCGUCAAACAGCUUUUGGUGGAGUUUCAUAGUAAUACUGAUAGUCACGUGAAAGAAUAUUGGGUCCAUAAGCUCUCAAUAUUGCGUGACCUGUACUUUGAGGGAUACCGCGUUUUCUGGGUCGGCCGGAACAUGAUGUGUACCUAUACGUCACCAGUGCUUCAUCGUUUAUUGUAUGGAUGUUACGAAGUUUCCUUCGUUAGAGUUAAUUAA